UGUACCACGCUAAUCCACCACUUGACAAAGACCACCAACCGUACUCUAUAUCAGAACAACUCAAUGAUGGACAGAGAGGAUAAUCCCAGCGCUGUGAUAUGCGGGUUAUGUGGAGAGGCUUUCACUCUUCUUGAGGAUGAUGGUGAUGGCAAUCUCCCACGAGUGCUGUUAUGCAGCCACAUCUACUGCACAACUUGUCUGCUGUCCAUUCAGUUUGACAAUACCAUUAGAUGUCCAGAGUGUGAGGUUGAAUCGACACUCCCUGAAGGUGGGGUGACUGCUCUGCAGGAAGACAGCAGGAUUAUUGGCCUCAUCUACACUGCAAAAAUGAACAGAAAAAAAAGCCUUCGCUGUGAGAAAUCAAAGAUUCGCAGAAAAAGCAAAUUAACACUCUCAGACACAGAAGCUGAGACAGAGGAUGUGGUGCAGGCAACUGAUGUUGAGAAGACUGAGAAGGCUGUGGACAAGGCUUUGGUCCAAGCUGCAGCAAGUCUUUCUCUUCUGGAGAACAUUAAUGAGACUUUAAAGACUGGUCUGGAAGAACAAGUGAAACGUGAAAGAGCUCGGCUGGAGAUGGAGAUCAAGCAAGUGGCAGACAAGGCUUUACACGCUAUUCAAAAGUGGAAAGAUGUACAGUUUACUCAACUGACAAAACUCGAGACGUGCUUCCCCACUAGCAAUGUGCAGCUGUGCAGUGUCCGGGAGAGGAUAAAGUCCCUGGGGAUUGCUAUGCAAAUGGCCAGAGAAGUACGCAGAGUUCCUUUCCUGGAGAAGUACUGUACCCUGGAUAAGGUUCUGGAGAUUCUGCAGGCUCCUGUGGAUAAGCAGUCCUUUGAUAUGGAGUGUAUUGCUCUGGGAUCUGGACUCAGUUUUGUUUUCCAGUCAGAGACCCUAAACCAGAGCCUGACAUUAUCUCUGACGAUGGAAGAGGGUAAACCAAGACUCUUGUCUGAAUUUUCACCAAAAGAUGACCUUCCAGGAAGCUCCCACAAGAAGUCCUCCUGGCAGCGUGCAGAGGGCAGGAACAGCAACAGUAUUGCAACCAGCAACAGCAAGCCCCCAAGCCCACGAAAACAAGACCAGGGAAGUCCAAGAGCCAAUAGCUUGUCCCCAAGAGCUUCCACACCAAGCCCAAGACCCCAUCGAAGAAUCAGCCUCUCUAACCACAGCUCCCCUUCAGACAUCCAAACUCCAGACGUGAUUGUUGAGGAGAUUAUAGACGAGGAAAAAGAGACUGCUCACCCUCCCACUGGUCCUGAACUGGCUAAUGAUAAAUGGAGAGUCCAAAGGAGGAAAAAUCAGCAGACUGGUAAUAGGAGAAAUGUCACCCAGUGGGUGGUGGUUACCCACAUUGUGAACCCGAGUCACUUCUACAUACGCUAUGUGGCAGAAAAAAGGGACAGUGAGAUCCUAUCAAGGAAGAUCAACCGCCUCUGCAGCAGUUCAAAUUUUGACUUUACUUCCAGUGACACAGUAGAGACUGGCUCAGUGAUCUUUGUGAAGCAGAAAGAGGGACUCUGGUGCAGGGCCAAUGUGGUUGAAGUCAAACAGAGCGGAUGUGCUGAGGCGGUAAAAGCCUGCUCAGUGUCCCAGUUGGCCAGUAUCAGAGUCUUCUUUAUUGAUGGUGGCCAAACCAGAAACCUCACCAUUCAAAGAGAAGAACGUUCCUCUGAAUCAUCAGUAAGAGCUGUAAACAAUCACCUGAGGAAGGUGUGUGAGUCAGUGAAUGCAGACCUGGGUCAGUUUUCCCCUCAGGCCAUCAGGUGUUCACUCAAGGACCUUGUACCAUAUGACCUGACAAAGGGCUGGAGUGAAAAGGCUCAGGUUGAGUUUCGCAGUGUGGUCGGCUCUGCAGCAGUGGAAAUGCGUCCAUUGGGUCAGGACCGAGACUCUUUGCUGGUGGACUUAAGGAAAGCUCCCAUGGACCAGUCCAGUGAUGUGCCCAUCUCUAUCAGAGAGUAUCUAGUUUUCAUCGAAGUGGCCAGAUUUUACUCCCCGGUGUCUCUGGGCAGGAAGCCCCUGUCUUACUAUCCUCCUGUAUAUCCAAAGAUCAACAAAGAGGUCAAUGCUGUGGUUUCUCACAUCAACAGUCCCGGUGACUUCUACAUCCAGCUGGUCGACAGCAUGGAGUCCUUGUUGCUGUCAGCAAAGCUGCAGGAGUGUUACAACACGACAACAGUGACUGAGAAAGAUGACCUCAAAGUGUACUGUCCUGUGAUUGAACAGGCCUACGUUGCCCGUUAUGAGGACAAGCUGUGGUACAGAGCUCAGGUCAUAGGACAUCCUGGGGGAAGAAAAGUAGAAGUGCGAUAUGUUGACUUUGGCAGUAAGAAAAUCUUACCUGUCAGCGAAUUGAGGAAGAUCAAGGAUGAGUUCUUUGCACUUCCUUCCAUGGCAAUCCACUGCUGUUUGUCAGACGUGAAUCCUGUGGAUGGAGAGAACUGGAGUGAAGCCUGCACUUACCGAUUCAUCAGCUUGGCUAAUCAGAAACUCGUUACUAUUGUGGCUACAGGUCCUACGCCCAAGACUAUGCCUCUGCCUGUCAAACUGUUUGAGAGCAGUCUGAACGGACCACUAGCUAGCAUCGCUGAGCUUCUGGUCAAAGAGGAGCUGGCCUGCUUUAAAGAAGAAGUUAAGUCCAAAACUGCCAUGCUUGCUGGCCCAGACCCUGCCAUUUGGGAUCCUCCACUUGACCUUAGUUCAGCUGUAGAAUGCGCUGAUACCCCAGACCAAAAGAAACAGAGAGAGCAGAACGAGGAGACACUGGAGUUCCAGCCUCAGCUGAAGCUUCCUGCUCAGUUUAAAGAUCUGAAAGUCAGAGUGAGCCACAUCAACUCACCAAGUAGCUUCUACGUUCAGCUCACGCAGUACGACUCUCAGCUAAAACGGAUUUGUGAGCUGGUGAAGAAGGAGUGUGACCUUCAGGAGCCUGAUGAAGAUAUGGUGUGGAAAGCUGACAUGUACUGUGCUACUCAGAUUAACGGGGUUUGGGAGAGAGGACAGAUCUGCUCUGAUGUCAUGUCCAACAAUCUUGCUGAGGUGAAGCGCUGUGACCAUGGAAACAAAGUGAAAGUCCAUGUCAGCAACCUGCGGAAGUUGCCGUCGUCCUUGUUCGGUUCUUUUGCACUGGAGUGCACUUUGACUGAUAUUAGGCCAGCAGGAGGCCGAUCCACAUGGACAGCUACAGCCUGUGAUUUAAUCUCCUACUAUCUGACUGGAGCCUCGGCUGUUAUGACCAUCAAGAAGUUGACAGAUGAGCGUCCGCAGCCCGUCACUCUGUUGUGCUCCAACAGGAUGGGACAGUUAAUCAGCAUUGCAGACUUUCUGACCACUGAAGGGCUCGCCCUCAGGGAGAGGAAACCAAGGGAUGAAGGUGAUCAAAAGCCUAAAGAUGAUGCUACACAGUCUCAAGUUAGCGAGACUAAAACCAGUGGCCUUGGAGAAGACAAAAAACAAGGACCCUCAGAUUCCAGUCUCUGUCCUACCCCUCCACUGUCUGCCCCAGUCUGCCCUCCCGCCCACCCUAAACCAGCCCCCCGCACCAUCAUAUCUGCUGAGAAGGUAAAAACUCAGUUGUAUCAGCCACCAGAACUGCCUUGUGUGGGUCACAUCCAGAUCAGCGUUUCUGCCAUUGGAGAGGACGGCAUCAUUUAUGUCAGGACACAGAACGCAGAGUGUCAGCUGGAGCCGCUUAGGGAGAGGAUUCAGCAGAGCAUGAAGACUUUACCCAGACAGAAGCCCUACACCUGGAGGUCAGUGCAGGGCUGUGCUGUCAUCGGAUCUGACAUGUUGUGGUAUCGAGGACAGCUGCUCGAGGUGCUGGGAGGACACGUCAAGGUACAAUAUGUGGACUACGGCCUGGUGGAGAACAUCCCAGUGGUUCAUGUAUACCCCAUGCUGCUGUGCGAUGAUGUUCCUCAGCUCUGUAUGCCCUGCCAGUUGCACAACACCAACCCUGUUGGUGGUCGUUGGCAGCUCGAUGCGGUGGCCUUGUUGAAGGAAUUGUUGCAGAACCGUUGUGUGGACAUGCAAGUCAUGGAGCUGCCGUCUGACCUGAGGGGACCGCUAGCAGUUGAGAUCUUUCUGGACGGCAUGAGCCUCAGCCGAAUCAUGUGUCACCAUGAGCACGCUUCCAUGGAGCGGCCGGUGUCAUCACAGAAGGGACACUGUAUGAUAAAUCCUCCUCCUUUCCUGGACGACUGGGACAUCGACACUGAGGGUCUACUGGGCCCAGAGGAGCCAAUGUUGGGGACUUUCAUCCUUCCAAACCUUCCCAAGGAGGGGCAUUUUAAAGUCAGAGUGAAGCACAUUUGGACCCCAAAUGAGCUGUUCCUGUGGCCUUUGGAGGGAACAGAUGACGUGAAAGUGGAUGGAGAGACUCUAGAUGAGGCUCUGACCAGAAUCAAUGAAGACAUUAGUAGUCUGCCACGACUCUCCAACUUCCCUCACGGCAGUCCAUGUCUGGCAGAGUACAGUGAUGGGCAGUACUACCGAGCAAAGCUGAUCAAGAUCGUCAGUGUGGAGCCUGUCAUGAUCCUGGUCCAACAUGUGGACUUUGGCUCUGAUGACACUCUGCCUCCGAGCAAGCUGCGUCAGAUGCCAGCAGACCUGCUGGGCUUUCCAUCGAGGGCACUGAAGGUCAAAGUUGCCGGCUUUAAGCCUCCAAGUGUGAAGACAGAAGAAGGCAUGCUGCCAUACAGCCCGGGGUGGAGCGUGAAGGCUACGAUGGCCAUGAUUGACCUGCUGCACAGCAACAUCACAGCCUCUGUUGUGGCACGGGAACCAGAGCUCACAGUGCUGCUCUUCAAUGAGGACGAGGAGCUGGUCCACCUGUCUCUGGUGAGCAGAGGACUGGCUGAACUGAUGUGAAGCACAGCUGAGAUGAUCUCCUCAACCCACAGGGUGCAGUUAAGGUUUACAUGGACAUGCUGUUUUUUCCUUAUCUUCCUUUUUAUUCUGGACUGCUGUUUUAAGUUUUUAUUUGUCAGACAUUUAUUGGUUUUUAAUUUCUACAUGUUCCUCCAAAGCAGAGAUAUACUUUAAAGUUCAGCUGUUGUCUUUGAGUGAGCUACGUUGAUUUGGCACUUUAUUUUCUUGUCUAUUGACUCGAGUGAGACAGACUUGUUUGGAUCAAGAUGAGAUUAAAAAUCUUUCCAUGUUG